AUUUUCUCCCUCUGCAGGUACUGGUACUUGACUGAUGAGGCUGCUGCACUUUUCUCAUCCGAUUUUGAAAUAAUAUCAAAUUCUGGAAUGAAAUGGAAUAGCUGCUGGUUAGGCAUAUUUAUACUUUGAAUUUGUGAUGCUCGAUGAGAAACUCUAGUUUAACAAUUGCAUUCAUCAUUGGAUAAUAGUUUGUUAAAUUAGAAAAAAUAUUGUGGUAUUCAAAAUUAAUUUAGUCUAAUACAUCAUCAAACAUGGGAUAGGACUAUUUUGAUUAUUCUGCUAUUUAGUCCUAAGCAGUACCAAGCAUGGGUCUAGUAUUAUCACAGCAUAAGCCAAGCUUAGACAGUCCAGGACUGUUAUUAAAAAUAAGCCUGUCUAAGACAGUCCUGUGUAACAAACAUGCACUUAUGGUUUGGCUGCAUAUUUAGGCUGUUUUUUGAUGCGUUUGGCAUUCCAAUGUAGCAGGUUUGGUUGGAACGGCAGGAUAAAGAAGCUUAUUUGUAAGAAAGAGAUAUGUUGGCAAUGGCAGUGCCACUGAGGUUAUCAUGGGCUUGGGGUCACAAAUCCCUCCCCACAAUUUUCCAACACUUUCCCGGAAAAUUUAACCUCAAAGCUUCAACUUCCAGCGACGACUUGGUUUCGCUUUCUUUGCCCCAAAACUCUCCUCUCUCUGGAUUGGAGGAUGUAUUGUUGAGCUUUAUCUUGGGCAAGAAGAGGGCCACAGAAGUUGCUCACUCGGUUUGGAGACGUGUGGUUCAAGAAGGAGAUACGGUAAUUGACACCACUUGUGGCAAUGGUCAUGAUACCUUAGCAAUGCUCAAGAUGGUUGCUGAUGCAUCGGGUAAGGGUUCAAUUUAUGGAAUGGAUAUUCAGGAAGUUGCUUUACAGAAAACUUCUUCUUUGCUGGAAGAAUCAGUCAGCCUAAAAGAGAAAGAACUUGUUAAGCUCUUCUCCAAAUGUCACAGUAAAAUGCGUGAAAUUCUUCCGCCGGAUACCUGUGUUAGGCUUGUUGCUUUCAACCUAGGCUAUCUUCCUGGUGGUGACAAAACAAUAAUCACUGAAUCAGGAACAACACUGAAAGCAUUGGAAGUUGCAAAAGAUAUCCUGCUGCCGGGAGGGCUUAUCAGCUUAGUGGUUUAUGUGGGGCAUCCUGGUGGAUGGGAAGAGCUGCAGAUUGUACGACACUUUGUUUCUAGACUAUCUGUUGAGAAAUGGAUCUGCUGUGAGUAUCAGUCAUCAAAUCGAUCAAUGUCUCCAAUACUUGUUUUCUUAUUCAAAAGAUGUUGAAUCGCCAGGGGCUUGGAAAACUAGUAUUCUAUAUAGUACUAUUGCAAGAAUCAAGCAUUUCAAUUGCAAGAGGUCAUGGGAGUAAUUGCAAUACAAUUUCAAGACCCUCAUCAUUGUCCUCAAUCUUUUGCAGAGGGGAAGUCUAGCCUAGAAGUAUACCAAAAUUUGGGAGAUUAUUUUGCAAAGUUGGCUCACUCAACUACGUGUAUAGGUCUAACAAUAUCUUCCAUUGUAGUACUUGAUUACUAGUCAGUGAAGUAUUU